AGUUUCCUUUAAAAUUACUCCCAUGGCGUGUUCAGUGCUUCUACUCAAAAACCAAGCUCCCUCCACUGAAAUCACCUCAUCAAGUGACUCUGAACUUUUCUCAGGACAAACCUCAGACGUUCUGGUUUGGCCGGGCCAGUUUUGAGACUGAGAUCUACCUCGAGGUCAAAGGCACAAUAGAGAAACCUUCCAACUCAUGGAGCUGUCAGCAAUCCCAGUCCACUUCAACAACCAGACCAAUGGAAGUGUCAUGUGUUCCCGUGACAAUGUGCUCAAGACAACUGUCUUCCCUGUCCUGUACUCCCUCCUCUUCCUGGUAGGACUAUCCCUCAACAGCCUGGCAGUGUGGGUGUUCUUCAGCAUCCCCAGCCGCUCCCAUUUCAUCAUCUACCUGAAGAACAUUGUGGUGGCAGACGUCCUCAUGACUUUCACUUUCCCAUUUAAGAUCCUGUCCGACUCCAACAUGGCCUCCAUCGGCAUCCGCGUCUUCGUCUGCCGAGUGUCGUCUGUAAUCUUUUACCUCACCAUGUACAUCAGCAUCCUUUUCUUCGGCUUGAUCAGCAUUGACCGCUGCAAGAAGACUCUCUGGCCCUUUGUGGGUACCAGUCCUAAAAAGCUUGCCCACAGGAAGCUCCUCUCAUUUACGAUCUGGGCAACCCUGCUGGCCCUUGCAUUGCCCAACAUGAUCCUUACCAGCAAGACACCUGCUUCCAAGGACUUUAAGUGCAGUGAGCUGAAGACUCUACUGGGGCUGACAUGGCACGAAGUGGUCAACCACAUCUGCCAAGUGAUCUUCUGGGGCAACCUAUUAGUUGUAAUAGUGUGCUACACGCUCAUUACCAAAGAGCUUUACAGGUCAUUUACACGAACCCGUGCCCAAAGUAGACCAGUGCAAGGGUACACUGGGGGAAACAGUGCCUCCCAGAGGAAGAAGAAGGUUCGAGUGAACGUAUUCCUCGUUCUGGCGGUGUUCUUCAUAUGCUUUGUGCCCUUCCACUUUGCUCGAGUGCCCUACACCAUGACCCAGACGAAAGAGCACUUGUUUGACUGCCGACAUGAACUGAUCUUCUACCAGGUGAAGGAGAGCACACUGUGGUUGUCCUCCCUCAACUCGCUGCUGGACCCACUCAUCUACUUCUUCCUCUGCAAGUCCUUCAGGGACUCCUUGUUCAAUAUCUUACGGCUCUCACCAGGGAGGUGUAGGGCACUACAGGAUAGUACAGACACUAUCACACCUGGUAGCCCUGAGGGAGGCCCUAUUUAAAUAAAGGGGAUUUUUUUUCCAAAUGACAACAACAUGAUAAAAAAGUGAUGUAGGCUACUGCAACUAAUCUUUACAAAUAACUCCUGGCAUUUUUCAAGAUUUUUGCCUAAAUUCACAUGACAUAUCUUGAAAUUACAGAGUACUUCUUAGCAAUAGCAAUCACAAUUUGCUAACAUUUUAACGACUUAAGCAUGCCAUAAACAUGUGACAGCAGAUGUUGUAAUAGCAGGUUUUGUUCUGUAUUAUAACAGUGGUAACAAUGGUAUUACAUUGAUCGUUUAUUCUGCAGACACGUCAUAAUGUUUGACAUCAUGACAACUAACUACAGUACACAUUAAGAACUAGCCUCUGACGUAAGCUGUCAUGACAGUCCAGAGUCCACUUCAAAACACUUCAAGGCAGUAACUCAGCUAUCUGAUAUCUUCUAAAGAUAAUCUGGUUUAAGUGACCUGUUUUCUAAACUCUUGGUAACACUUUGCUUGACUUCAGCUAAAUAUAAUUGGCAUGUUAAUACCAUAAAUAUCAUGGCAGAUUUCAUAUGAGACAGAUUCUGUUUAUUAAUAGAAAGUUGCUGUGUUGCUAAUAUUUGGUUGAAAUAAUAUUAACAGAAAAUUACAGUUUAGUCCUUCUAUUGUACAAGUUGAAUGAUUCUUUUCUGUAAGCAACCAUGUAUAACCAACCGACAGCUUUCCAUGUUUAAACAGUGAAAACAAUAUCAAAUUUACAUUACUUUAACUGUAAAAACUUAAUGUUGUUAAAAAUAUUCUAAAACUUCAAACUCUGCCUUACAUAUCUAUGUGCAAAUUGCAUGUACACAUAUCCAUAUAUGAAUUUUUCUAAAACAUUUUUAGCCUCUAUAAGGGGGCAUAACAACAGGGCUAACAUCUAUCCCAACUGUACCUUGCUCAGAUGGCCCUCCUUGAAAUGAAAUAGCCCUGUGUUGGCACAAUCUUUGUAUAAAAUGAUAUUCUACUGAUAUUCUAGCAAUAACUUCCUAGCUAACUGCUGCUAUGUGACUUGUUCUUUGAUUAAUAAGCCAAUAGAACCACAUCUAUACCUGGCAGGUAGGAUUAUUACAGUCUCCACACCAGCUUCAUCCAAUACCUGUGGUAUGAUCUGGGAUUCAGAACGGAUCAUCCAGCAUCAGUACCUGACCUGACUGAAGCACUUGUGUCCGAAUACAAUCAAAUCCUCACAGCAAUGUGCUAACAUCUAGCCUUUCCAGAAUCAUGGAGGCUGUUCCUGCACUCCCUACACUGGUGAAAAUUUGCAAUAAUUAUUUUACAAUAAAAUACUGACUUUUAAAUUACAGAAUUAUACCGUAAAAGGCAUUUCGAGUGGUGUAUUGGUUUACAGUAACAUACCAGACAUUAUAAUUUACAGUCAUAUAAUGACAGUGGAAUUGUUCAUUUGCAAUAAAUUUGCAGGCUAUUACUGUAAAUAUUUUACAGUAUUUUACUGUAUGUAUGGUCUGCAAUUUUUGUAAAUAUACAGUACUUUACUGGCAACUCAGCUACCAAAAAAAUGUAUUUUAAUAUGCAUUACUACAGUGUAUAAUAUAACAAUAUAUAAGAAGAAACACUGGACCACCAGCUGUCUACCAAUAGUGUACUUUGUCACUGUCAGCCCAUGAAGUCCAUUUUGAUGCCAUUUGAAAAUACAAGCUGGCCAUUAAACCGUGUGAGCAUUUGAUGAAUGACCCCCAAAAAAUUGUCCAGAAUAAAGUCUUGUUAUAUGAACAUCAAAGUUUUUACCUUCUCCUACAAUUCUCCAAAAAUAAAGAUUGCCAAGUGGUUCUUAGCACCAAA